AUGAAAGACCUUGACCCAGCGAGGUUUAUAAUAACGGGUGAUCUAAAUGCGAGGAUUGGACGUGAACAGACUCUGGACCCAAUUUCUAUAACUGAAUUCUCGAAUAUUGCCGAUCGCAGGCGCUCAAAGGAUACUGUGACUAAUGCUCAGGGGAGAACAUUGCUGAAUUUUGUGGAGGAUUUUGGUGGCAUCAUCCUGAAUGGCAGGACUACAGGAGAUACUGACGGAGAAUAUAGCUUUUGUGGGGCAAUGGGAAGUUCUGUCAUUGACUAUUUUAUUUGCUCGUGGAAUCUGCUGCAGUAUGUACAAGAGCUUACUAUCCCUACAAAAAUCUACUCCGAUCAUAUGCCUGUAUGCUUAGGGAUGAGGAUUCCAAGUAUUGGGGCAGUUGGGAAUGCUAUAAGCCCAUGGCGUAGAAUGUAUUGGGAUGAUAGAUAUUGCGCUAAAUACAAUAUUAAUCUCCGAAAUUCGGUUGAGAGGCAACAUCCGGACAAUUCAAGUCCGAUAAAUGAGGGAGUCUUGUCGUUGACGAAUAUGAUAAGGUCUGCUCGUCCAGAUGUGGAGAAUAGGAGAGUUUUCGAACCUACGCAGAGGUGGUUUGAUUGGGCGUGUUAUCGGCAAAGGAAACUUGUGCGCAAGUACUUUAGGAGGUAUAAAGAGAGUCACAACGAGGAGAAUAGGAGAAUUUAUUACUCUUCAAGGGCGAAAUUUCGAAGACUGUGCGCGAGAAAGAAACUAGAGUACCACAAUGACAAUCUUGGACGCCUGGAUAACGUUUCGAACUCCAAGGAAUGGUGGGACUUGUCUAAUUCCUUGCGAAAGCGCAACCCUGCCCCGCGAGGAAACCUGACCGCGGACGAGUUCCUAGUCCACUUUAGUGCGGCGUUUCGGGCACACUGUGAAACGGAGGCAAUAAGUUGGUGUAUGCCAUACUUUAUUAACCCUUUACUUGAUUCCCCGUUCGAAUUCUGCGAGCUUAAUGCUGUAGUCGCGAAUUUGAAGGACAACAAGACUCCAGGAUUUGAUGGUGUACCCUACGAGUUUUAUAAACAUGCACCCUACUGUUUUCUAGAUCGCAUGCUUGGACUUUUCAAUAAGAUUUUUAUAACGGAGAGUAUUCCUACUGCCUUUAGAACGUCAAUUUUGUUACCGAUACAUAAAAAGGGAGACCCGAAUACACCAGCAAACUACCGAGGCUUGUCGCUGAUAAACUCUAUGAGUAAGAUUUUUUGCAAUAUUCUACUGAAUCGACUUUCCGACUGGCUUGACUACAACAGUAUAUUAAAUGAAUUCCAGGCGGAACAUCAUAAACGUCCCGAAUUGCAACCUUUGAAUCUGAAGAAGUCCAUAGAACCUACACCACCCUCGCAUAUCUCCGCUUCGCAUAACAGCAAAAGUACCAAUAGUCAGAGCAGCAGCACCCUUAACAACUCGAACAACAAAACAGCCACUACAACAUCAACAACAACGCUGGACAUGGAACUACUUCUAGUAAUAAUAGGGUAA